UGCGGCUGAUGCUGAGAUUUGACAUUUUCAGGAUUAACAACUGAUCUCAGUGGAAUUGCAGGUCAUCUAAUUUUUUUUUACAAUCCAAAUUCAACCUCUGACCUCUGAACUUAAUAAUGAGCAAUGCUGAGAUACCAGCUGGCUUAAAGGAGCUUUUGCAGGGAUACACCGUGGAGGUGCUCCGCCGCAGGCCGCCGGACCUGGUUGAGUUUGCACUGCAGCAUUUUACACAAGUUCUGGAAAACCAGAGAAAUGACCAGCGAGCCAGGAAACACGGCGCCAAGCCGGCGAGAAAGGGAAUCAAGUUUGAGACCAACAAGUCCACAAAGGAUGAUGAAGUGGAGGAGGAAGAGGCUGUUAAGUCCACCACUGGUAAAUACAGUCGCAGAGUGUCAGUUUGUGCCGAGGCGUACGACCCUGACGAUGAUGAGGACGAUGACGCGGAGCCUCGGGUCGUGCAUCCCAAAACAGACGUGCAGCGACGCAGACUUCAGGAAGCUUGCAGACACAUUUUAUUGUUCAAAACUCUGGAGAAGGAGCAGUUCUCGGAGGUUCUGGACGGCAUGUUCGAGGUGCUGGUCAAACCUCAGGAGCACAUCAUAAAUCAAGGAGACGACGGAGACAACUUCUAUGUCAUAGAGAAGGGUGUGUACGAUAUUUUUGUGCAGAAGGACAGAGUGGACGUGUGCGUUGGAAAGUAUGACAACAAGGGGAGUUUCGGUGAGCUGGCUCUGAUGUACAACACGCCACGAGCUGCAACGAUCAUCGCAACGCAGGAAGGCGCCCUGUGGGGCCUGGAUCGAGCCACAUUUCACAGACUGAUUGUGAGAAACAACGCAAAGAAAAGGCGGAUGUAUGAGGCGUUUAUUGAGUGUGUUCCUCUCCUGAAGUCUCUUGAGCUUUCUGAAAGAAUGAAGAUUGUCGAUGUUUUGGGGGCACGAGUGUUCAAAGAUGGAGAGCUCAUAAUAACGCAGGGGGAUGAGGCCGACUGCUUCUACAUUGUGGAAUCAGGAGAGGUGAAGAUUAUGAUAAAAAGCAAAACGCAGGCGAGCCAGCAGGACAGUGCGGAGGUGGAGGUGGCUCGCUGCUCCAGAGGACAGUACUUCGGGGAACUUGCACUGGUCACCAACAAACCCAGAGCAGCAUCGGUGUACGCUGUGGGAGAGACCAAAUGCUUGGUGAUUGACAUCCAGGCUUUCGAGCGUUUGCUGGGCCCCUGUAUGGACAUCAUGAAGAGGAAUAUCUCCCAGUACAAAGACCAGCUGGUGGCGCUGUUUGGCUCCAGUGUAGACUUGAAACACUAGUUCACACAUUUAUAAUUUAGCAGCAUUUCAUUCAAGCGUGGUAGCGUUGCAUGUGAUUAUCUUCCCCUCGAGGUAAGUACAAAAUAAAAAUGUUCCUGUACCAAUCUGCUGCUGACAGCUAAAUAUGUGUAAGUUGUGAGUAGAAUACAUUGUGUUUCUUAUGUGAUCUUGAUAAUCACCCAAAGGACGUCUAGACCACACUGAUACUCAAAUACACCUGACAAUAAAUGAAGUCCAUGUCACACAGGUGAAGCUCCAGUUAAUUCACUGGCAGUCCAUGGAGGUAUCGUACAGUACUUCACCUUCAGGUUUCUGACUGGUUGAUGAUUGAAAUCAACAUUGUAACUUUUUAUGAAACCUUUCAUACAGCUCCUGGUUAAAUAUUUUGUGUUUUAUAUAUAUGUGUGAUAGGACAUUUUGGCAUGUCGCAACGGGCAAAGUACAGUUGUUAAUGAUAAAACUAAUGAUGGGCGGAUGUUACAACACCCAUGCUUUUACUAUUUUGACAAGUCAAAGGUUAUAUAUAUAUAUAUAUGAUAUACACAUCCGCCCUUGAAAAACCCUUUGAACAGAAGAGCUAACAAAAUGAGACAAAGAACCCCAGCGAGCUGCUGUGCACACUGGUAAAAUAGAUCCGUCACAUCUCUUGAACAGGUUUGUUCUCCUGUCGGUGUUGGAGCCUCCAUCUGAGAGGCCUGGGUUGGAAAAAUGUGUGUAAUAGUGUAAAACAGGGCUGCACUCAUUCUAACAGGCCAUCAACUGUAUAGAUAUAAGGUGAAGCUUGUUUUUGUGGUUUAAGGUGUGUUUACACUUUUUGUGCUCCGACAGACGUCAAAGCAAAGAAAAAGGGCCAAAAAUGAUCAGGUCCAACUAAAGGUAUAGGUAUCGGAAUUAUGUCACUGCCGACCAUUGCUUCGGCCAUCUUGUUUUAUAAUAUAGUUAUAUGGAUUCACAGGGAGGGACUUGUGUGUACUAACAUUAACAAAGGACAGAGAACAAACAGAAGGAGUGUGACUCCGUUCUCUGCUCAGGUCACCAUGUACACUUCACCUUGAUGUAGAAAAUACUUGUCUGCUGUAUAAAUGUUUCAGAUAAACUUUCAAAUUGAUUUCUUUUUUUUAAAUAGAAUUAAGUGGAAUUAAGUGUCCCCUUAAAUUUGUUGUUAAACUGAACUCUUAGUUUCUGCAGUUUAGCCCAAAAUAUUAAAUUUACAACUUAUAAUUAAGCUUUCAUCAAAAGAUGAAAAUACAGAGCUGUCCAAAUAGUCACACUGUAAAGUAAACAGCAGCGUACGUUCCCAACUGUCGUCCAACUCAGAAUUGCGGAAAAUGUUUUUGCAGUUGUUGAACACAUUCUGUUACUGUACUAGUCAUUUAAUGGCCUCACUAUUCCAUUAUACGAGGUGUUCGACCAUUCUCCAUUUGCACUCAGUAAAGAAAGCAAUCAGCAACUGUUAACGCCUUCUCUUCUUUACUUGACCUUUGUCGUACGACACUAAGUAUAUACACACUCAGUUGGCAACACAGCAGUCCUGCAGUAGAGACUUACUUCCUAAAGGUUAUAAUCAGUUUCUCUUAAAACUAUAUGAUCUGUUGAUUUAACUGGAUGAAAUGUGCUGCCGUUGGGCUUUAUUGUAUUUCAAUGAUUCUGUCCACUCCAUUUAUAAUGGUGUGUAUAAUGAAAUUAAAGAAACACUCCCUAAUUCUCCAAAAGGAUCAUUCAGUUGAAGCAACACCUCUUAAACUGAUCAUAACCAUCAUGGAGGUAAGUUUGUUGCAGAAUGGUGUCAUUUAUCACAUUAGUUUAAGCGAGGUGUACCUACUAUAACAAACAACUCUUGCCAAAAACCCACACGACAUAAAAAAAU